GUUGGGUAGCUAAAUGUUUUAACUACAAACACAUGAAUAAAGUGACCAGAUUACAAUGCAAUCAAACCUACUAGGCAAAAUACAUUGCUGCUUUCUGUAGAUAAAGGACAUAAGCUAAAGAAUUCAUGUGAAGAAAAUUCAAAGCAAUAGGUCAUUCCGCAAAUGCCCCCAAAUUAAAGCGAUUUCCCCACCAAGAUAAGGCUCCAAACCACCUCUCUUCAUUACCAAGCUGCCUCUCUCAACUCCAACCAAAACCAUUUUGUAUAAAUUCAGCAGCAUUGCCAAAGAAAAUCCUGAAGAUAUGGCAGCCCAAAAGCCGGUGGAGAUUGGCACCAGAGGCACUGUUGGAUCCCUCAUAAUGCAAGAAAUCGAAUACUUCAGUCGGCUUGAGAUAGGCCGCAAAGAUUGCUCUCAGAAGCCUCAGUGUAAGAUUGCAGAUGCCAUUUCCUCUGGUAGUCAUUCCAUACCAAAGUUUGGCAUUAUGAUCAAGGCCCAGAAAAAGAAGAAGAGAGGCAGCAGGCUCCUACCAAGCAUGUGUUCGAUAGUGGAAGUUGCAGACAGCAAUCAGCCAAAUGGGAUUUCUGGGUUCACUUACAGGAAUCUGAAGGCUGAUGUAAAGAAGCUGCAGCUUUAGAUCAUGCUCUCAGAGAGCUUAGAGAAGCCAAGCUUCUUGAGUCGAUUAGUUAUAGGACUAGACCAUGCUCUAUCUGUGUUACCACAUUUUAUGUCAACAAUCUCCACAGAUCCUUUCUUCUC